GUAGCUGUAGCUCAAGCUAACUGCUGUGUUCUCGCAUCGUUUGUUUUUUCCGGUGCUGACGCUGCUCUCUCUGUCGUAGAAGUAGUUUUUUAAACUUCGGCUGAAGGAGAACACGUUGACCGUCCUGGUGAUCGAGGUGUGUCACCUUGGCUGUGGUCCUCCCUCCUCUCCCCAGUCUCUCCUGGUGGUGGGUGACACUGGCUCCCUGCCAGUCCUCUGCCGAUGAAGAUGUCCCUGGCCCAGCGGGUGCUCCUCUCCUGGAUCUUCGCCCUCAUCUUCCUCAUCAUGCUGGUCCUCAAGCUGGACUCCAAGAUCCACUGGAACUGGUUCCUGAUCUUCCUCCCCAUCUGGACCUUUGACACCAUCCUCAUCCUCAUGCUGAUCGUGAAGAUGGCCGGACGCUGCAAGCCCGACUUUGACCCCCGAGACGGCGAGCAGAGCCUGAAGAAGCGGCUGUGGUACCUGACGGCCCUGCUGCUGAAGCUGGCCUUCUGCCUGACACUGUGCUCCCACCUGGAGCGGCUGGCGGACAUGUGGGUCAGCGUGGUGUGUGUCCCUCUGUGGGUGCUGCUGGGGGGGGCGCUGGUGGAGCUGGGACACAGUGUUUUCCACUACAGGAGGGACUGAAUCAGAGGAGCCUACAAUACUUGAUUUUGAACAUGACAGACUUUUUACUCUCAGGCUUCUCGAGCUAUGGAUGCAAUCUGAUCCGCUGGAUUGGAAUCAGAGCUGACGCAGACCUUAUGAAGCGCAUUGUGUUUCAGGCCGACAUGAACGAUCCACUUUAGAAGCUGUCUAUUUGUCAAUGUCAUUAUGAAAUUUGAUGUUUCUGCCUCAAGCUCAGCAAGUUACAGCAGGUUCCAAACUCAAGAGGCUCCAAAGAGUUAUUCACACUGGUUCACAGGUUUUAAAUCCGAUAAACGCAGAGCGGGACGUUGGUUUGACGUUCACGUGUGUGCACCGGUUCUUUGUGACACUAAAUGUUGCUCUACAAUUCACCUCUUCACUUUUUUGGGGGGAGGGCGCACACAUACUGUAUGGACACACAACUACAGCCUUGUCUGCUGUGUCCAUGUUAUACUGGUGCCACGUUGACGGUAUGAAAUGACUCUCUGCAGUAGCAUGCACUGUGUACCACUGAACCAUCAUAUAUGUUGCUGUCUAUGGAGUCACUGUUGCAUCUUUGUGUAUUUCUGUAAAGCAGUUAGAAAUCUCACAACUUCCACAUGUGAUGAAUUUGUCAGUACAUCCCAGAAUGUCCCUCAGCCACUGAAACUAUUCAGUUUGAAUGUAAUCCGGAACAUUCUCUGGAUAAAUGAAUAAGUCCUUUGCACUGUGCGGAUAAAGAAUUGUAGUUUACAUCCUUGUGAAUGCAAAAUAUAAUUCUGUAAUACAUGUAAUACAAUUUCUGAUGGCUGUAAGGCCAAUGCUGAGUUUUAACUGUCAAGCUUGAGUUUCAAUUCAUCCUUUGUCAGUUAUAAUGCGUUAAUCUGGCCGGCACUUGUCGAAGGCGAGUUACAACAGGUAGAUCCAGUUCCAUCUCGGCUGUUUAGCUGUGGUCGGCCUUUUAUUGGUGAAACAUGAGCUUUUCGAAUGAGAUGAUGGUUUAUUCCAACAUGAUCUCAUUUAGAAGACUAGCACCUACCCUAGCAUUUAACUCAAAGUUCCUAUGAGGCUGAUGGGAAUUUCUACAGAUAUCCUAACAUGUGAGGGAGAAGUGGAAUGACAGAGCCAUGUUUCCAAACCUGUUGUUGAAACCUGGAGGAUGUGAAAGGCAGGAGAGACAUUAACAUCGACCACAUCCAUAUUUUGAACCAUUUAUUGAGAGGUUCUGAUCAGAGUAUAAAUCACACUACCAAGUCUUAUCUUAGGAAAUAAAAUGUAUUUACAACAAAAUUUUCACAUACAUUGGUUUCAAAUAAAAACAGACAGUAAAUAAUAUAAAUAAG